UCCCAAAGCUAAGAUGGGACCCCGGGCACAGGUCUGUCUUAGUGAAGAGUGUAGGGUUGCUCUUAAUCAAAUAGCAUCUUAUGAGCUGCAUGUCAGUGAUGCUUAUUUAUCUAUGGCCUGUUAUUACAUUGAAGAUACAGAAGCACCUAAUUUUCUCACAUUCUUCCAAGACCAAGCUGAGGUGAAGAAGGAGCAUGCAAAGCAGUUCAUAAAAUAUCUAAGAAAAUAUAAGUGUAAAGUCUGCCUUCCGGUGAUUAAGAGGCCUGAUAUAGAAAACUGGGGAAUUGGCAAACAAGCUAUAGAGUGUGCUCUGCAGUUGGAGAACACGUUAAACAAGCUCCUGCAAGACCUGAAAGCUUUGGCUUCCAAGAAUAAAGAAACCAGUCUCUCACGCUUCAUGAAAAAGUUCUUGGAUGAACAGAACAGGAACAUAAACUAUCUGGAAUAUCAGUUUAGAUAUCAUAAGGAAUUAGAAAAGGAAGCCCAGAGUGAAGGACAGGGUGAAAAGGCUGCUGAGACAUCUGAAGCAUCAGGUAAAUAGACAACAUCUGAAGGCAACACAGCAAGUCUUCCCACACAGCAGGUCCCAAAGUCAGCUACUUAAAAAUCUUGAUCUUAUCUCUCUGGCAGAAGACUGCUUUCCUUUUCAUCUCUGAUCCUAAUCUCACUGUUGUGCAUACAAAUAAAUCUGUUUUGCAUUAUAGUUAUGUGUAAAGAGAUUGCAUUGGAGCUAAGAAGCAUUA